GAUUCACGUGGUAGAAGUCAAAAUGGCUGCCACUUUCUUUAAUCGACUUGCAGGGCUUGGUUUAGGAGUUGCAGUAGCCGGUGGAGUGGUAAAUACUGCUUUAUUUAACGUCGAYGGUGGCCAUCGUGCAGUUAUCUUUGACAGAUUCCAAGGAGUUAAACCAGAUGUUGUUGGUGAAGGUACACACUUUUUAAUUCCAUGGGUGCAACGACCUAUUAUUUUCGAUAUCCGAACUAGACCAAGAAAUGUACCAGUCACAACAGGAAGUAAAGAUUUACAGACUGUAAACAUCACCCUCAGGAUUCUGUUCCGACCAAAAUCUCAAGCUCUACCCAAAAUAUACAUGAAUCUUGGCGAGGAUUAUGAUGAAAGAGUUCUUCCAUCCAUUACYACUGAAGUGCUUAAAGCUGUUGUUGCUCAGUUUGAUGCCGGGGAACUUAUUACGCAAAGAGAACUGGUUUCACAAAAAGUCCAAGAAGAUCUGUUAGAGCGUGCUGCAAGUUUUGGGUUGAUGCUCGAUGACAUUUCUUUGACCCAUUUGACAUUUGGUAGAGAAUUUACAGAAGCUGUUGAACUUAAGCAAGUUGCUCAGCAAGAUGCUGAAAGGGCGAGGUUUCUUGUAGAAAGAGCUGAGCAGCUAAAGCAAGCAGCAAUCAUAACAGCAGAGGGUGAUGCACGUGGUGCUCAGAUGCUUGCAAACUCUUUUAAAGAAGCCGGCGAGGGUCUUGUGGAACUCCGAAAGAUCGAAGCAGCAGAAGAAAUUGCAGACAGGAUGUCCAAAUCAAGAAAUGUUGCUUAUCUGCCAGGAGGGCAGAAAAUGCUUUUAAAUCUUCCUGUUUCAAGAUGAUGCUAAAAUACACUUUUUUGAUCGAUUUGAUUGAACACCAAUGUCUACUGAUAUCCCUGAUUGAAGGUGAUAAUGAUCUGUAUGUUCUGGUUUGUAUUUCUAAAUUGUGUUUCUGAGUAGUUAACAGUCAUGGAUAGCAACUAUAAUCAGUGCAAAGUAAAGAAAAAUAAAGCCGAUUUUCAUGAUUUGAUUAUA